UCCUCUAGGGUAGCAGAGACGCGAGAGUCUGAAACGUUCCGCUUCGCGUCCCGCACACUCCGCGGACAUCGUGUCGCGCCUCUACUCCUCUCCUCCGUCUGUCUCGCUUCUCGUCGCGCUAUCUCGUCUCGCGUUGCGUCUCUCCGUGUCGAGGCGUCUCUCUGCGUCGAGACAACCCGCGUCUCUGUUGCGUCUCGCGUCGCUGUGUCUCGUGUCGGUCGCGUCUUUGCGCGGCGUCUCAGUGUCGCGUCUCUGUGCGGCGUCUCAGUGUCGCGUCUCUGUGUCGCGUCUCGUGUCGCGUCUCGUGUCGCGUCUCGCGUCUCGUGUCGCGUCUCUGUGUCGCGUCUCGAGUCGCGUCUCGUGUCGCGUCUCGUGUCGCGUCUCGCGUCUCGUGUCGCGUCUCGUGUCGCGUCUCGUGUCGCGCCUCGUGUCGCGUCUCUGUGUCGCGUCUCUGUGUCGCGUCUCUGUGUCGCGUCUCUGUGCGUCUCUGUGUCGCGUCUCGUGUCGCGUCUCUGCGCAGUGUCUGCGUGUCGCGUCUCUGUGCGUGUCGCGUGUCGCGAUGUCCGGCACGGGGGGUGAGAGCCGCGGUUUCGCCGCCGUCCUCUACAGCGAGCCCGGCGUGCUCGGCCUCCUCGCCAACGCCGUGAGCGCGCUGCUCGUGGCCAUGCACAACUUCUCGACGCACCGCGCUGCCGCGCACCUCUCGCCCACCAACAACAUCCUGUCCGGCGUGCACCUGGUCCUCAUCGGCGGCGUGACCCAGCUGGUGGCCGGCCUCCUGACCUUCCGCAAGUUCGACCACCUGGGCGGCACGGCCUUCCUGGCUUUCGCCGCCCUCUGGAGCGGCUUCGGAGCUUCGCGAAUCAUCUCCGGGGCCGUGACCCUCGCCGCCGCCGUCAACUCGACGGCCGACAACCUCACGGCCUUGGCGGCCGUCGAGCACGCCACGGCUCCCGACGCGUUCGUGUCGGACACGGCGGUGGCGAGCCUCGUGGCGUACAUCUGCGUGUCGGCCAUCCUCGCCUUCUGCUCCGCCACGGCCAACUACAUCAUGCCGCCCGUGUUCGGCGCCAUCACCGCCGUGCUGGUGUUCGAGGCCGUGCUGGCCGCGUACCCGCUGGGCUGGGCGGCCCCCGUGGCGGGGUCCCUCGAGUUGAUCAUCCUCGCCGCGGGCCUCUACGGCUCCGUGGCGCUGCUGCUCAAGGGCAUCACGCAGCGCUACGUGCUCCCGGGCUUCGGCAACGCGCUCUUUAACGUCCUGCUGCUGGGCGCGGGCAAGGCGGCGAGCGGCGGCGGCGGCGGCGGUGGCGGCGCGGGUGGCAACGAGCGCAAGAAGAACACCAAGUACGCCGAGCCCAUGGCGCUCUGCUGUCUCUGCGACGCCGUCGCCGCCGUGAUCCUCGCCUUCUACUGCUUCGGGUUCCCGCACACGUUCACUGCGGGCGCGCUCUGGCUCAGCGUCAACUCCGCGCCGCAGCUGCUCGCCGCCUACUACGCGUUCCUGCGCGAGGACGCGUACCACGGGGCCAAGUCGGUGCUGCGCUGCGUCUUCUGGCUGGUGCACGCGUGGCAAGAAUUCGUGGUGUCCACCGAGCAGGUGGCCCUCGCCUCGGCUGCCGCGGGCGAGCUGGACUCGGCGCGACUGGCGAUGGUGGGCGACUGGUUCCUGCUGGUGGCGGCGGUCGUGCUGCUGCUCGUGUCGCUGGACAGGGACAUCCUGGAGACCGUCGAGAACUCGUCCUUCGCGCUGCUCGCCGUGGCGGCCAUCCCGCAGAUCCCGGCGAGGGCGCGCUACGCGUUCCUGGGCGCCGCGUGCUGCGCGCACGCCGCCGUGAACCUGUACGCGACGUUCGCCCGGCUCAUCAACUCCAUCGCCGAGAAGCCGCUCGUCCCCAUCGGAGCCGUGCCCCUCGCCUCGCAGCGCCUGCGGGCCUUCCUGGGCGCGCUCCGCAGGUGCUGCAGCUGCGGCAAUGGAAGCAGCAGCAGCAGCAACGAGGCGGGCAACAACCAGCCCGGCCCCUCCAUGGCGCAGCUGUCAGACGCCGCGUUCUACCUGUGCAACGGCGUGGCCGCGAUGUCCGCGCUGCACUCGACGGAGCCGCUCCGCGCUCGCCUCUCCCUGCCCUGGGUGCUGCUGCCCGGAGCUCUGCUGCAGCUGUUCGUGGCCCGGGUUGGACUCCUGCACAAGGCGUCCGGCGGAUCCGUGAUGCCCUUCUGCUACGCAGCCUUUUGGGCUGUGUGGGCUUGGCUGCGGCUGGCGGGUUUCUCCCUGAAUAUUUCUCCAGGCGAUGACACGGGGUUCACGGCAGGGGCAAUCGCUGGUCUCAUCAUCAACAUGUUCCUGAUAUUACUGGCCGCGUACGGGAACCUCGUCCUCCUCUUCCACACGCUCGUCAUGCAGAUCCUCGUCAUCUGCCUCCUCCUCUUCACACUCGAGAGUCUCCCCCAGCCACUGGAGGACGUGAUGCUGGCGCUGUUGGCGCUCAGUUGUGCGUACGGGGCACUCGCCUCGGUGUCGAACUGCGUCUUCGAGAGAAAGCUGCUGCCCCUGGGACGCGCCCUGCUGCGGGCCCCCUCCAGCCGCAGCUCGCAGACCCCCGCGGCCCCCCCGUGCGUGACCCCCGUGUCGCGGCGCACGAGCGGCCUGCGCGAGAUCGCGGCUCUGCUGGGGGGAGGGGCCGUGUGCGGCGUCCCCACGGACACCGUGUACGCGCUCGCCGCCUCGUGCCGACACCCGGGGGCCAUCCAGCGCAUCUACGCCAUCAAGGACCGGCCCCAGGAGAAGCCCGUGUGCAUCUGCAUCUCGAGCCUGGAGCAGCUCGCGUCCGUGCGCCCCCCGUUCAGCCCCCUGCUCUGGGAGUUCAUGAGCGGCGUCUACCCGGGGGGCAUCAGCUGCAUCGUGCCCAAGGGGGACUGGCUCCUGCGCCUCGGUGUGGGGGAAGCGUACGACCUGGUGGGCACAGCGGACAGCAUCAUGAUCCGCGUGCCGGACAGCACCGUGACGUCACACCUCGUGUCCAUGACCGGGCCUCUCGCCAUCACCUCGGCCAACCCGAGCGGGGAGCCCGAUAGCACCCACCACGACAUGGUGAUCGGGCGCCUGGGCGACAAGCUGGACGGGGUUCUGUGCGACGGAGACUCCAACGAGACGGUGGCCUCCACCGUGGUCAACUGCCUCGACAUCGACGGGGAGGGGAUCCGCAUCCUGCGUGAAGGCUGCGUCCCUGCGGCCAAGGUCCACCAGAUCUUCGAGCGAGUGAAGGUGCAGAGAGAUUGAGGAGGCGACAGGAGACCCAUGCAGGAGUGAAGACCGCGAGUGCAGAUGGAGUCACAAUGACGGGGGGGGGGGGGGGCGGGGGGGUGCAUCGCAAAUCAUCUGAGUUGAAGAUGAACACAAACUGAUCUUGCGUUGGCACUCAACUUCUGGAGUUAAAUUUCGAUUUCGAAACGUCGUGAGAAUUAUUUUAUUAUGUUUUAUUUUUAUUAUUUUAUUAUUUCCCUUCUACGUGACUUUAACGAAAGAACCAAGAAGAUGAUUCUGGAGUUAAAGCAAUUCAUUCGGGGGUUGGGUGGGGGUAGACGUCGAGGGCUGUGUCAUGUUUAAACGUAGGCCUAGCUGCUAAAGUGCCCGCGUGGAUGGGCAGUGACCGCACAAUGAAAGUUUGACUUGCGAUGUUUGGCAACUGGAAUUGUCGGGCGCGUACUGGGAGAGUACGUGGUAGAAAAUGGGCAGAGUUACACUGCAAGGUACUAACAGAAGAUAAUUAGUGUAUAUAUAUGUUUGUACAUAGCCUCUUAUCAAAUCUCUAUUUAAUACCGUUAAGGUUCGAUAAACUGUUAUAGUCUGAGUCUCAAACUGCUGUUCAAUGCGCAAAAAAAACGAAACUUGAACUCGCGAAACUCGCGUCUCGCCGUGCGCGUUGAACGCGACCCGGUUCGCGUUACAACCUUCGGGCGCUAGAGACCGCUACCAUCACUACGAUGUAAAAAAAAAACGUUUAAAUUAUGAAAUAGUCGCUACUCCGUUUACAUUAAUUCCCGGCUGCUUAUGCGUGUGGAUGGUGGCACCGACCCCAUGCAAUGACUAAACGAUGGUGGUUGUUCUCACGAUUAGCUGUCAAUGGCAAUGAUCAUUUGAUGAUGGCGAUGCUGGUUAUAAUGUGAUGAGGAAGACGAUGAUUGUUGUAUGUGUGCGUGUUGAACUUCUUUCGCGCCGUACGCAACUGACCGUGCUAGUCGCAGGCGCACGGGAAGCACAACAAACUAAACGCAACAAAAACUACAGUUCUAAAGAAGUGAGAUUUAAAUCUAGGAUUUAAAAGUGCCUACCUCCAGUUGUCUUCCUAACAUCGGGAGGAAGAGCGUUGUGAUGAUGAAUUGUUGACGAUUGUGAUAGACAGGAUGUUGGUAAAUAAUGUGGUGGCGGUGAUAAUGGUGAUGGUGAAAAUGGUGCUUGUUAUUGAUGAAUGAUGAGAGUGGUGAUGAUGAUGUUGAGGAUGACGAUGAUGAUGAAUGAAGGAAUCAGGGAACGAUAAUUGCGCAAUUUUCCCAGUGCAAUAAUGAUCAUGGGAUGCUCAAAACAUGAUGUUCGUUGCGUUGUUGUUGUGCAGCAAGGGGCGCAUGUCGUGAUCGCUAUUUAUUCUGUGCUGUACAAUGGUGUUGUGUUGUUGUGCCUAUGGACGGUGCUGGAUCACCAACAAAUACAACGCAUUUUACCAAAAA